GAAUGCGAAAGAAAAUCUAGUAAGAAAAAUCAAAUUGUAUUACAUAUCAGUAAUACCUACCUAGUGUUAGAAAAUAUGUAUAUUACCGUCCGUUUGCUCAGUUUGGGUAUUAUUUUGAAAUAUUCAUUGUCGGAAAAGUACAAUACAAAAAAUUGUUUAUUUAUUUACUUGACGGGAAUCCCGAUUGCAAUAAUAUAUACCUACCUAUAAAUAAUUAAAAGAGAUAAUACAAAUUAUCAGGAGUUGAGCUUAAAUCCAGAUGUACCUUAGUACGGCACUGUGGUAAGGCCCUUGCUGGAUGGCCCUGCCUGGUAACGGGGUAGCUUAGGCCAAACAAAUGAAUGGAAGAAGAAGAAGUAAAAAUUUGUGGUUAAGUUAAAGGAGAAAGGUUAUGGUUAUUAUUAUUUUCAUUUGAAAACAUAACUUAAAAUUAUGGAAGAUAUUAAUGAAGAUGACCAUUCCUUGAUACCACAAGAUAAAAAUGAACCUGUUAAACCUGAAACAGUUUUUAAAAAACCUAUUUUAUUUGGCAAAGUGGGUCGAUUGCCAAAAAAAUUACCUGCCCCAAUAUCUGCAAAUUCUGAAAGUUCUUUAGAAUUAGAAACAAACAAAAUUCAAAAUAAAGUAGGUAAACCUGAUGCCAAAUUAAUAGAGAGUCAAGUAGUAGCAAAGAAGGUUGCUCCUGAACCAACUCCUACCAAUGAAUUAAAAGAAAAAUCAUAUCCCUUGCCAUACAAAGAACCUGUUUGGUCUGGAUUACCCAGUAGUAAUGGAAAAGACUACUCAUUUGAUGUUUUAAAAAAUGGAGUCAUAAUAGAAACAGUCAAUCUAAUGGAAAAACCGUUUUGGGUUUUUGGAAGAUUUGUCAACUGUGAUAUUAUUAUGCAGCAUCCAACAAUAUCACGAUACCAUGCUGUUCUUCAGUACAGGAGAGAAGGAUCAGAAACAGAUGUUCCUGGAUUUUACAUCUACGAUUUAGGCAGUACACAUGGCACUUUUCUUAACAAAAAUCGACUAAAGCCUAAAAUCUUUGUUAGAAUUCAGGUUGGACACAUGCUGAAAUUCGGCAAUAGUACACGAUCGUUUAUAUUGGAAGGUCCAGAAUACGACGAAGAAGAAGAAUCAGAACUAUCAGUAACUGAACUAAAAGAAAAAAGGGAUAACGAGAUUCGAGAGCGAGAGGAGAGAAUGAUAAGACUGCAACAAGAAGCCGAGGAGAAAAAGAGGAAGGAGGAAGAACGCGGCGUUGAUUGGGGAUUAGGGGAAGAUGCAGAUGAAGAGACGGAUCUCUCAGAAAACCCGUAUGCUCAAACCAAUAACGAAGAACUAUAUUUGGAUGAUCCGAAAAAGGCGCUUAGAGGAUUCUUCGAACGAGAAGGUUUAGACUUGGAAUAUGAUUGUAAUGAACAAGGAAUGGGCCAGUUCGUAUGCAAAGUGGAAUUACCUGUGGAUGACGAGAUGGGCCGACCUAUAGUCGCUGAAGUUCUACAUAAAGGCAAGAAGAAAGAAGCUGUUAUUCAAUGUGCUUUGGAAGCAUGUAGAAUCUUAGACAGAUUUGGAGUACUCAGACAAGCAACACAUGAAUCUCGGAAAAGGAAAGCCAAAAACUGGGAAGAUAACGAUUAUUACGAUAGCGAUGAAGACACAUACUUGGAUAGAACUGGAACUAUCGAGAAAAAACGCGAGAAGAGAAUGAACUCUAAAGCACCUCAAAAAAUAGAAACAUACGAAAGUUUGGUAGAAAAAGAAAAAUCAAUUUCGGCUUCAAUAGCAGACACAGAAAUACAAAUAUCCUCCAUUCAGUUUAAAAUGGAAUCGGAAGAGAAUCAAGACAACGAAGAAGAUUCUCUGGACAGUUAUAUGAAGGGACUUAAGGAUUCUAAGCCCGAUAAAAGGUCGAUCUCUAGACUUAAAACAGAUUUAGUAACACUACGAACUGAACAUUCUAAAGUGGUACAACUAAUAAACCUAGUAAAGCCAGCAAAUCUGCCUCCAUUGGUAUCUAAAGAGCCUAGUUCGAGUACUAACAAAGGAUCUGCAGCGUUGCCGCUCUUUGGGAAGCGUAAGAAGAUUCAGAUUAAAUUUGAACAAAAGCCCAACUACCAACAAAUUUCAAACGAUCUGGACGAUGAAGAAGAUGAUAAUGACGAUACUACUAAAGAUAGCCAAGAGAAGAACCAAGUACAAAUCAGUUCAACGUGCCUAACAAAAGAUACAACAAAGGAUACUACUGAUGCGAAUAAUAUAAGGAUAAUCGAAACUACAGAACAACACAACCAGAAUAUUGAAGAGUCAAAAAAUGUAGAUCCUCCUUCUUCCACAGUUUCACAGGUGGAUUCUAGUUCAGAUGUUAAGAACUCAGUCGAUUUAAAAAGAUACUUUGAUUUGUUAAAUCGACUUAUACAAAGGAGUACACCUCUUUCUACUGGUCAUCAAAAAUAUGUUAAUACUAUUAGAAACGGUAUGAAUAAGGUAGCUGCUAGCAAAAGCGGACGAAGUCCAGACCGGGACAUUUGUUUGACCGAAAAGAAGAAAGUUGAUAAAUUAAUAUCAGAUUCCAACAAAUCUGAUAGCGAGGGUAAAUUACGAAUAGCAGACACUGAAAUGAUAGAAUUUGAUAGAAUGUCAAAAAAUGUAGAAGAGCUGGAAAUCAUUACUAAAAAGUUAGAAGAAAAAGACGAAGUAACAGUGUUGAAAGUUGAAAUAAUUAAUUUUGCAAAAGCUGUUCUAACAGAGUGGAAGCAUAAAUUGAAAGAUAAAGAAGAAAAUCCAUCGAACAUUGACCCUAGUAAUCAUCCCAUCUCUAAAUCCCCCGAAAAGACAGUAAAUACCAAUGUUUCUGACGAAAACCUAAAAGAAGAAGAACCUGAUUCACUUAAUGAAAGUACUGAAGUAGAAAGUUCUAGUGAUCAAAGAAAAAAGAAAAGGAAUCAAAGAAGGAUUCACCAAAGACAAGGUAAGCAGGAGCAAGAAAAACAGAAAGGCUAUGAGGAUGACGCUUCUAGAGAAAAUUAUAGUAUGUGGGUACCACCAAGUGGCCAAAGUGGAGACGGAAGAACAAAUCUAAAUGAUAAAUAUGGCUACUAAAUACUGUUUUGUACAUAAUAUGAAGACCUUAUUGCAACAUAUUGCAACUUUUUUUAAAUAAUCUGUAAAAUGUUUUAAUGUAAAGAUUCUAUAUUUUGUGAUUUGAUUAUUUCAACUUUUAUAUCAGAUCAGAAUUUAUUAUUAAAUAAAUAAAUGCAUAAUACACAGUAAAAUGGAGUUUUGUAAAAAUACCCCUAUGUUGCAAUAAGCUCUUCAAUAAAUUUUAAUCUUUAAACGUUUGUACUACUGUUAAAAAUUUGUUUAAGAAUAAAGUUAUUUUCUAUAAAGUUA